ACGUAAGUGUACCAACCAAUUUCUUAAUGUAUUGUUUCUUAUGUUGCGUUGUUGUUCAGGCUAGUUAAAAAAAUGACCGGUCAGAUAGAGGAAAUCGUGGCCGUUAGUGUGGGCACGAAAGUGAUUCAGGUCACAAAUAUUGCCCCACAAGCGACCAGAGAUCAAAUGCACGCAUUAUUCGGCUAUAUCGGUAAAAUAGAAGAUAUCCGGCUGUAUCCUACGGUACGAGAUGUCUCAUUACCUGUUCAGUCUAGAAUAUGCUACGUGAAAUACUUCGAUGCGGCUUGCGUAGGCGUUGCGCAACAUCUUACGAAUACCGUAUUCAUCGAUCGGGCGCUAAUAGUAACCCCAUAUCAAACAAAAGGUGGCGAAAUACCUGACGAAUACCGGGCUUUAGAUAUCGCCGCUCAAGCCAACGUAAUCCCGGGUCUAUAUCCAUCCGAGCCGAAACUACCCUCUCAUGUGGUAAAUCACAUCAUAGGAGAACCACCAAAUCAACAGAUCAUAACACAAGACCCUGUCCUCACUUCAAAUGGCUUACCACCAUAUCCACCAUUAUCAGCCAACCACGAAGCUCGUCGCAUCGAAGAGAUUCGUCGAACGUUAGUCGUAAUCAAUGUCGACGAAUCGGUGAAUGGCGAACAGAUGGUAGAUUUUUUCCAGAGAGCUGGAGAUGUUAAAUACGUAAGAUUUUGUACUCGUGAAAACGAUAGUAAUCGAUACGCGUUGAUCGAGUUCUCCGAACAAAGUAGUAUAAUACCGGCGUUGAAAAUGAACGGUAGCGAAUUAUGUGGCAGAAAAAUCCAAGUGUAUCAUUCGACUCAAUCGAUAGCUAAACCGAUGGCUAAGAGUAACGAAGCUGCCCAGCGUGAAAUAGAAGAAGCCAUGACUAGGGUGAAAGAAGCUCAAAGUAUGAUUUCAGCCGCAAUCGAUCCAGUUAUCGGUAUCCUAUCUAAAGAUAAAAAACGUAGUAGAAGUAAUUCCAGAUCGCGUCGAAGAUCGCGUUCGCGUUCUCGUCGCAGAUCUCGAUCUAGAUCGUCGAAAUAUAGACAUCGUUCGCGAUCACGUUCGCAUCGUUCGAAACGUCGUUCACGAUCUCCUCAUUCGCGCACUAGACGCUCCAGAUCGCGAGGCAGACGUAGAUCCGGGUCUAGAGAACGAGACCGCGAUCGCGACCGAGAUCGAGAUCGCACCAGACGUCAUUAUAGGUCGCGUUCUAGACGAUCUAAAGAACGUAAACGAUCUAGAUCUAGGGGUCAUUCUAAACCGCAUAAACGACGCUCGAAAGACAGAGAGAGGAAUCGGUCGGCGUCGCGGCAUAAAAAAUCACGUUCCAAAUCUCGAUCUAGGAAAAGGUCGAGGUCUCGUUCUAAUCGUUCUAGUAGGUCGAAAAGUAGAAGACCCACGAAAGAGGACGACCAGACGAAUAAUGACAAAAAGUAAAUAUUUAACAGAAUUAUUAUUGCAACGUAUUUUGUAUAUUUGUUUGUUUUUUCUUUUUUUUUUAAAUGUCUGGUUUCGUAAGCGAUUGAAAGGUCGAGUUUAAAGUAUUACUGUUCAGAAUUUCUACUUUUAUUAAUUUCUUAUCUUUCACAUUCGGUUUUUACUUCCAACGUGCUUGUUUCACGUAUAGAUUUUUAUUUAGUAAACAGUAUGUUCGAUCAUGAUCAUAUUUUUAUCUCAAAAAUUGGGCGAUUGUUGACGAACAGAUGAAAAUCGUCAACCAUGAUUUCUUAAUUAAAAUAAUCUUCGGAUUUAGGUAAAAUAAUUUCGAUGUAUUUGAUUUUAAAUUUGUGUAUUAUCGAUUUUGAAUUUAUUUGAAGAACAGUAAUUAUUCUGAACUUUGUGAUGUUAAUGAAUGUAGUUAUAGUAAUUUUUAAUUUUAACGAUUACGCUUAUGGCCGACGAAUGAUUCGCUUCGUUUAUUUUCUAAGAUGAAUUACGUGAAAGAAAGAAGCGGGUUUUCAAAUUUAAAUGAUGGAAUUUUUUCUUUUUAAAUAUCUUAUGUAAAGUUGGACUCGUCAUUUUUUUAUGUGUUGUUUCAGUCUGCGGA